GCUGCUGUCUAUUUCUGGAAUUCAUAGUGGCCAUUUUUUUCUCGUUAGCUCUCUUGGUCUUCUCCAUCUUUGUGUUGAUUGAGGUUUUUCAGAGCGAUAUGUGCUGUUUUUAUUGAUGUCUGAAGGAGGUUUGUCGGAGCUGCGAGCAUCGUAGCGGGGCACUAAUAGCCGUGACCGAGUAGGUUUUCGGUUCUCAAUGGAAGACAUCUUCCUACUCGCUGCGAGAGAAGGAGUGAAGCACAUUUACCAUUUGCUUCGCUUCUGUAUUCCCGUCGACGAGCGAGGGACUUUUUAUAAAUGAAGAUUUGAAAAAAGGCAGCAGCCCACCGGGAGACAAACCCUGUCGUCCUGUAACGCUGGUGCUUGUAUAGAUAAUAAGGAACCGAGCCGUUUUCACGCCCUGGACCGUGCACAGCUUGUGUUGGUGGUGUAGAAACCCAACAGAGAGCACCUUUUGACCGCAUUUGCCCAGCAGCAAGGAGGUCAAGGUGUGAUGGAUCUCACAAGAAGAGUCGAUUAAUUAGAAGGUCCUCCAGAAGUGAGACACUUUGAUCCUCUCAAAGCUCUUUGUCUAGACCACUCGACCACUUUGUCCCACUGCUAACCCUUUGAGCAGACAUCAUGGGGACGGUGCUAUCUCUGUCUCCCAGCUAUCGCAAGGCAGCACUGUUUGAGGACGGCCCGGCAACAGUAGGCCACUACACCGCAGUCCAGAACAGCAAAAAUGCCAAGGAUGCUGCCGCAGCAGCCGGAAAGUCCCUCAAACGCCCCUCCAUCAUCAGUGUGUUGCCAUGGAAACGCAUUGUGGCUGUAUCGGCGAAGAGGAAGGGCUCCAAGAAGUUGCAGGCAGACGGCGGGGACGGUGGGAAAGGGAACUCUCCGGAUGGCCACGCCACUGCCACGACCAACUCUGCCUCCAACAGCAUGAAGCUGAAGAAGUCUCAGUCCUGUGCCAACCUUUCAUCUUACUCCUCAAGCCAGGACCCCUCGGCCACUACCACCACUACCUCCUCCCACCUGCCCAUCUCCAAGACCUUGGCUAACGUAGCGACUGUUGCUGCCAAAAAGAAUUCCCACAUAGGUUCGGGGAUCCAGCCAUCUACUGCAACCGGCACACCAAAACGUGUCAUUGUCCAGGCCUCCACCAGCGAACUGAUGCGCAGCCUGGGAGAGUUCCUGUGCCGUCGGUGCUACAGACUGAAGCGUUUAUCCCCGACAGAUCCGGUGCUGUGGCUGCGUAGCGUCGACCGCUCCCUCCUCCUACAGGGCUGGCAGGAUCAGGGCUUCAUCACUCCGGCCAACGUGGUCUUCCUCUACAUGCUGUGCCGUGAUGUUGUGUCAUCCGAGGUGGCCUCAGAGCGCGAGCUGCAGGCCUCACUGCUCACCUGCCUCUACCUGUCCUACUCCUACAUGGGCAACGAGAUCUCCUACCCGCUGAAGCCCUUCUUGGUCGAGGCUGAGAAGGAAGCCUUCUGGGACCGCUGCCUGGCGAUCAUCAACCGCAUGAGCGGCAAGAUGCUCCAGAUCAACACCGACCCCCACUACUUUACCCAGGUGUUUGCUGACCUGAAGAACGAGAGCAAGAAAGAGGCAGAGAAGACCAAACUCCUCAUAGGCCUUGACCGAUAAGAGGGAGCUGGGAGGGUGGAAGGAAGGAUGGGUGGAGCUAAUAGGUUGAGGACGGGUGGACUAAUGUAAUGCAGUGUAGCGAUACCUUGAAGCAGUACUGUUGUCUGGCAUCUCUACUAGUUUAUCAUUAACCACAUUUCCUGUUUGUAACCCAGAACUAAGAGCUCCUGGGAUCAAACACAACGUUUAAAUCAUUUGAGGCACCUAGACACUAACAGACAGAGGCAGUAUCUGGUCUGUGUCUCGCCUGAAGGCAGAAAUUGGCCUGCAGGGCACUUUUACCUCAACAAAGCAGAUCAAAUCAGGGCUGCUGUGUGGUCACAAUAUCAUAAGCCACAAUAUUGGAUUGGAUCUGAUUAUAUUCUCAAGACUGACAGGCUACUUGUUGAUAUCUAACGCCUGGAUCCCUCGGCACAGGAUGUGACUAUAACAAGCUUUAAGGCAGAGAUAUGAUCAACUGACAACACAGAUGGAUGUUUUAUUAAAUGCGUGGCCAGCAGGGUUAGUGAUUUGACAUUAACAGGCUGCGAGAAAGAAAUAUCUGUCAUUUUUAUCUUUAGCCUCGGGCUCAGACAUACAUCAGUCAGGCCUGAACCUUUUUUAAAUGAGAUAAGAAAUGCAAUCUGAUAUUCCUAUUAAAGUAUUUUGUGGUAUUUUGAUAAAUGGGUUUAGACGCCAGACAACAUAGUUUACUAAUUAAGGGUGAAUAUUAUAAAUAUAAAGAUACAGUAUAUUGAUACGAUGAUAUUGUGUGAUAGCAUCCAGGCAUUUCCACUAUAGAGAAAUGUCACAGGAAUGAAAAUCCAGAACCACCUUGCAUGAGGUCACUUCAUUAUGUCCUUGCACAUGACCACCUGCUUAUUGCCAACUCCACUUUACCUUAUUCUUAUCGUCCUGGUCAAGCUUAUUGCACUCACCAACACUGGCUGCGAGGUUCACUGUUGAGACUUUAAGAGCAUUAAAUAAUACCACAACAUGGAUGAGCUAGAAUCAACCACAACACUAGUCCAACCUUGUCGGACUGUGAAAUUUAACUGUACUGUAGUGGAUUAAUUAAUCCACAUUUUACUUAAAGUAAUGUGCUCUCAAGGGAACAUUUGUUUAUCCAGUAAAAUCUGCUAUGAAUUGGGAGAUAACAUUUUUUUUAAGAGUAUGAAAUGCUAAUCCCUUGGGCACAGUUUAGUAAUCAUUAAACAAGCCCUUCUAUAAGCUAUUCACAUUGACACAAAUAUGGGAAAAUGCAAUACUGACCCCUCCAGGGCACAUUAUAUGUGGGGAAUUAUUUUAUUUCUUCCUGUUCCCCUGCACUUUGUCCUGCAGUCCAUAUUGGUGCUGUCCUGAGUGACCACAGGGAAAUGUACUGAAAGAAAGGAAGAAAGAUUUCUGUUGUAAAACACUGCGCUCAUCUUGUAAACUUCAUAUUGUAUGAAUGAUCGGUGGAACUGGGUCAUGGAGGACAUAUUCAGAGAGUAGAUGAUAUGAUCUGUCUCAACCAACGGCUACACGCGUCAGAAUGAAAGAAAAUGUGACCAUAUUCCAGAUGUGUUUGGGCAGACGCUACAAGUGUAGAUGUGACUUUUCUUCCAAAACAAUGCUUUGAUGUUGCUGUCACCACUCAGCUCGAGGGACCUCCUCUGCUGUUUGAAGUGUCGUCUCCCCCUCCUCUCUCCUUUUUCCUCUGCUCGUUACGCUCCACAGUUACCCGGACUAACUAAAACACACAAUCUCUCUCUGUCCACCUGCUCCAGUCCGGUCUGAACCGGUCCAAUCCAGUCGUCCCUUAUUUAGAGACUCUCUGGUCUGUUGACCUGAUGGCUUAGUUAUUUAUCAAGUUGUUUGACAUGCAUGUGUGCUUCUAUAGGUUUCCUAGCAUGCUGCUUUAUGUUGGGCACACCGCACCUGAUAUUACUGAGAGGUCGUCAUGCUGAACUGCUGAAAGCUAGACUCAGUGGUGUGACUUCCAGGCGACUUGACCUCUAAUGAAGGAAAUGUGUGAAAGUUUUAUCUUUGUCGAUGCUGCACAUGCAUCGAUAAAGGCGAGUCCAAGCAUGGACCUUAGGGUCCUAAAAGACCCCUCCAAGAUUAAAUGAUUCCUCCUUUCUGAAGCCAGUAAUAGCCUAGGUGGGCAGAUCUCCAAAAUCCAUGCAAGUGUCAAUCAGUUUAUUAAGUGGAUAUUUAAGACACCAGCUUUGAAUAUUAUCAGUCCAUUAAAUGGCCAUUAUCAGUUGUCAUCAGGAGCUGAAAUUUGAAGUGGUAUUUGCUUUACCUCAUAAUUGGCUCGGUAGGUUAUCAUAUAUCUUCAUCCGGUUCAAAAUUAUUAGGCUGCGACCUCUAUUGGCUGUAGUAAUUAUGACGUGAGCAAAGGAAGGAGUGAGGUGACGUAGUAUAAACAGCGAAAAGAUCCACGUAGGGAGGAGGUUGGGUUGGAUGGAUGGGUCAAAUAAAACAAGACUUUCACCCAGGACGACCGCUGUCCAUGUCCCACGUGAAACCAAAAGUCAACACGUUGUCUUUUUUAAAAGUUACGUAAUAUACUUAACUACCUUAAAGUCAAAUUAUGUAAUAAACAUACCUGUAUUUUAACCCUGACCUUUUCCUUAACCUAACCAAUUAGCUUUGAUUCAAUUUACAAUGUUAACCACUAAUAUAACACCUGAAGCAUUAUAAUGGUAGUGCUAACAACUGAAAAUAGCCAUUUACUGGCCUGAUAACAUUUGAUACAGGAGUUUAAGGGGUACUACAGCAAUUCAGUGUUGCAGUUUAAUAAAGUUGGGGGCUUCAAAAUAUUUUAAAAAGAAUGGUUAAAAUUGAAACAGCAGAUACCAAGACUUAUACUUUGAACCCCUUGUAUGGGUAAAGCUCCAAAAAUAGUUGAUCCUACAUUUCCCAUAAUACAUUCUUUCAGACCCCACACCUCCAGUUUGUAGCACAGGCUUACAAAGCAAGGCUUCAGCAAACAUUUUUGAAGUCACAAGCCCAAACAGAGAUGACCCUGGUGACAUCAUCAGGAUUAUUUUUUCAAACUUUGGAAAGCUCUCCCCAAAGCCACAGAAGACAUUAUACAAUUGAACUUCGACUGAGUGCCUCAAGAGAUUCCUUGCCUUGAUGAUGUCACAUCACUAAGUCUAACUGAAGCCUAAACACUUUCUUCAUUUUAGAAAAGCUCUGCCUUCUCAAAGAGGACAGAGACGUUGUGCCAUAUCGUUCUAAAGACUAAUGAUUUCACUCAAAGACACAUGAGCCAACUCAAAGUCUCUGACUGCUGAACAAGAAAGACUAUGAAGGACUCAUCAAUAAUAUUUUUCCACAAUAUUGCUACGUCUUAUACCAGAGAUGUAGACCAGAAUAGAAGGACUUUGUUUAAAAGGCAAGGACGUGGAGCCAAAAUGGAAAGCUUGUGAUUUUCACACACAGUUAAUUUUUUGCACAAAUGUAAGACACAAUUGGAGUCAUCCAAAGCUGGAGCAUUCAGCAUUCUGUUAGUGAUUUAUAAUUUAUGAAAAAUUAUAUUUGGCCUACUCUCUGAUAGGAGUCAAAACAGCUCCUUUUUACAUAAAAUUGUAAAAGUGUGUCAACAAAACAGAAUGUCAUGCUUGUUUCCAGACCGGGUGUGUCCACGAUGAUGUUUUAACUGAGUUUUGUGUUUAGAUGAUAACCGACUGGCUGCAGUAAGUACCAUGCUGUACAGAUAAUGUAGCCUUGAUGCUGAGUCAGACCUCAUGAGACAAAUAUGCACAUGAAGAAUGAAUCCAUGGCAAACAAGUUAGUUUACAUGUCCUUCCUCCUAGCUGAUUCUAACGGCUUGAACAGUACACAAGUAGCAUUCCUGUGUUUGGUGACUGUGAACAAUCUUUUUCUUCAUUUCUUGUACUUAAAGAUACAAACUGCACGUAGUAGAUUCGGUGGGAAUUACAUGACCGCGAGACAUUUGGUUAACUGAAAGUCACAGUGAUGAACAAGAAUGUCUGUUUUUCUGCAAUACAAUGAUUUGAAUAUCACCCAGAAUUAGUAGAGGAAUGUUGCAUGUAGAAAUCAAGAACUGUUACCUGGAUUCUUUGUGGUAAAAGUUUGAUUGACCGUUCACUUAGCCCUGCCACCGUUAGUUACUGUUGCCACACCUGUCUUUCUGUUUGUAAUAAUAAUGGAGGCAGAUUGAUGGUGACUGAAACUUUGGGUCCUCAAUUUAGGACAGAGGUAAACAAAAGAUGUGUUUUUCAUCGUCUACUUUCUAAUGGCCAAUUUUCUGAAAAGACGCUUGCAGACUUGUAUCAGAUGUAGCUAGCUAAUUAAGCUAAUGUUAGCUCAAUGAGUUUGUUUACGGUUCACUUUUUAUUGUUCCUACAUGACUCAUUUUAAACUGAUAUAAAAGACCUCCUAAAUAUGCUCUCGCAGUACGUUCUCACUCCCAACUGGUCAAAUACAGCAGCCUGUUCAGUGGCCCUAUGUGAAUCUACGUACCAUGAAGGGCUCACAAUACAGCCAUGGCAGUAUAGGAAGUAAAAGAGGAGGUCACGUAGAGUGAAAAAAACCGAACACAGGACUUUUACCCAGGAGACUGCUGGAUGUUUGUGUCCGGUGUAAAACCAACCUUGUAAAACGGACUUAUUUUAACUUACAUACGUAACGCACAUAACGUCUUAUGUACGUAGCUUAAGCUACGCAACAGACCAACUUACUUUAACCCAAGCCAUCAUCUUUUCUUAUUUUAUGAGCAUAAUGUACUUAACUUAGGUAACAUUAGAAACCUAAGUAAAGCUGGGUUACUACUGUAGCUGGUAAGCUAGUUAGCCUCCCAUGCUCCUGACACUAUUGCUCUUGUGGUUUUUGUUUUGGAUAGCCUAAAAAGACACCACCCUCCAAACUCUUGAAAAGGGAUUUAGCGAACGGUCAAUUGUACUAUUUCUAUUGAAAUAAAAUUUGAUACCCUUACCUUGGUACAAAACACACCCACCCACACUCAGAGUGUUACAUUUUGAUUAUUCAAUACCAUGUGGAUGUGAGAUGACAGCUUUUGACACACAAGAGGAGAGAUGAUGUAUUUCUCUGUGAGACAAACGAACUGAUGAGCAGAAAUCCCCUGAGAUUUUUAACUAUUUUUGCUUCCACCUGCUCCGGUCCUUCCAGCUGUGCAGGGACAACAAAAAAGAGUCAAGGACAGAAUGCGAGGAAAGGAAACUUGUCCUCUGAAUGAACCUUUUUCUUGAAGUAGAGAGAGAAGUAUGGGUUGACUACACUCUGUCCUCUACAUGCUCUCAUCAUUGAUCAAUUCAUAACUAUGUGCCAUAUUUUAUCUUGCAACCCGUACAAGACAAAAACUAUCGUGUAACAUAUGAAGCUUAUUAUAAUGAUGAUGUUAUUAUGGUUUUCUUCCUUUUCAUUUGUGAAUCAUGUUGUGUAAACAAGAAUCUUUGUUGAACAAAAGUCAAGGCUACUAGUGUUACUAGAGUUCUGAUGCUGCAGUCUGUGGAUGUAUGGAUAUGUAUGUGAGAAAUAAGAAUUUGAUCAACUGUUACAGGUACUUUAUAUAAAAACCUUUACAAGCA